UCGCGCGAGAGCUGCCGGCGCGUCGCGAUGGAGCCGGGCUGUGGCGGCGGAACGGGCUUGCUCAUCGUCAACAACAAGCAACGGAACGCGGGGCUGGGGCUGACGCCGCCGCCAGGAGGGAAAGGUCGGGAGCUCAACCGCAACCAGCGCAAGGACUCGGAGGGCUAUUCCGAGUCGCCAGACUUUGAGUUUGAAUAUGCAGACACGGACAAAUGGGCUGCUGAGCUGUCAGAACUGUACAGCUACACUGAAGGCCCUGAAUUCCAACUCAACAGAAAAUGUUUUGAAGAGGAUUUUAGGGUGCAUGUGCUGGAUAAAAAAUGGACAGAACUGGACACCAAUCAGCAUCAUACCCAUGCCAUGAGGCUUCUUGAUGGCCUUGAGGUCACCGCUCGGGAGAAAAGGCUCAGGGUGGCCCGAGCCAUCCUUUAUGUUGCACAAGGCACAUUUGACGAAUGCAGCUCUGAAGCUGAAGUUCAGUCCUGGAUGCGAUACAACAUUUUCCUUCUACUGGAAGUUGGCACUUUCAAUGCUUUGGUGGAACUUUUGAACAUGGAAAUUGACAACAGUGCAGCCUGCAGCAGUGCAGUGAGGAAGCCAGCCAUCUCCCUGGCUGACAGCACAGAUCUAAGGGUGCUGCUGAAUAUUAUGUACCUUAUUGUAGAAACAGUCCGUCAGGAAUGUGAAGGAGACAAACCCGAGUGGAAGACAAUGAGACAAACUUUCAGAGCAGAAUUAGGGGCACCGCUUUAUAACAAUGAGCCAUUUUCUGUUAUGCUCUUUGGAAUGGUGACCAAAUUCUGCAGUGGCCAUGCCCCACACUUCCCUAUGAAGAAGGUGUUGCUGCUGCUCUGGAAGACAGUCUUGUGUACCCUUGGAGGAUUUGAGGAACUUCAGGAUAUGAAAGCAGAGAAACGAGAGAUGCUGGGACUCCCCCCACUUCCCGAGGACAGUAUCAAAGUAAUCCGUAACAUGAGGGCUGCUUCUCCUCCAGCAUCUGCUUCUGAUUUGAUUGAGCAGCAGCAGAAACGGGGCCGGCGGGAACACAAGGCUCUUAUUAAACAAGAUAAUCUAGAUGCUUUCAAUGAGCGGGAUCCCUACAAAACUGACGACUCCCGUGAAGAUGAAGAGGAGAAUGAUGAUGAUAAUAGUCUUGAGGGAGAAACAUUCCCUCUUGAAAGAGAUGAGGUGAUGCCCCCUCCUGUCCAGCAACCUUCAGCUGACCGACUGACUUGCCCAAAAGGUUUGCCUUGGGCACCCAAGGUCAGAGAAAAAGACAUUGAGAUGUUUUUGGAAUCAAGUCGGAGUAAAUUCAUUGGCUACACCUUGGGGAGUGACACUAACACUGUGGUGGGACUUCCCAGACCCAUUCAUGAGAGUAUCAAAACUCUGAAAUUGCACAAGUAUACAUCUAUUGCAGAGAUUCAAGUACAAAUGGAAGAGGAGUACUUGCGUUCCCCCUUGUCAGGGGGGGAAGAAGAGGUUGAGCAAGUUCCCGCAGAAAUCUUGUACCAGGGUCUACUUCCUAGCUUGCCUCAGUACAUGAUUGCCUUGCUGAAAAUCCUGCUGGCUGCGGCACCCACCUCCAAAGCCAAGACUGACUCCAUUAACAUCCUGGCAGAUGUUUUACCAGAGGAGAUGCCAACAACUGUGUUGCAGAGCAUGAAACUGGGAGUUGAUGUGAAUAGGCACAAAGAGAUAAUUGUAAAAGCAAUUUCUGCUGUGCUGCUGCUGCUGCUCAAGCACUUCAAACUAAAUCAUGUGUAUCAGUUUGAAUACAUGGCCCAGCACCUGGUGUUUGCCAACUGUAUCCCACUUAUAUUGAAAUUCUUCAAUCAGAACAUCAUGUCAUACAUCACUGCCAAGAACAGCAUCUCUGUUUUGGAUUAUCCAUACUGUGUGGUUCAUGAGUUACCUGAGCUGACAGCAGAGAGCCUGGAAGCUGGGGACAACAAUCAGUUUUGCUGGCGCAAUCUGUUUUCCUGCAUCAAUCUUCUUAGGAUAUUAAAUAAAUUAACCAAGUGGAAACACUCUAGAACAAUGAUGCUGGUGGUAUUCAAGUCUGCUCCCAUUCUGAAAAGAGCUCUCAAGGUGAAGCAAGCCAUGAUGCAACUCUAUGUUCUGAAGCUUCUCAAGGUGCAGACAAAGUAUUUGGGGCGACAGUGGAGGAAGAGCAACAUGAAGACCAUGUCGGCAAUAUACCAGAAAGUGCGGCACCGCCUCAAUGAUGACUGGGCUUACGGCAAUGAUCUGGAUGCACGUCCAUGGGACUUCCAAGCUGAGGAGUGUGCUCUGCGUGCCAGCAUAGAGCGUUUCAACUCUCGCCGCUACGACCGUGCUCAUAACAACCCGGAAUUCCUCCCUGUGGACAACUGUUUGCAGAGUGUUCUGGGUCAACGUGUGGAGCUGCCUGAAGAUUUCCAAAUGAAUUAUGAUUUGUGGCUGGAAAGGGAAGUCUUCUCUAGACCCAUCUGCUGGGAAGAAUUGCUACAGUGAUAUUUGAUAAGAGGAAGAUCGUCUCAGACUCAGACCUGAUAUAUGUGCCCAAGCCCAGGUUCUUCCUCUUCAGUCAGCCAAGUGUAGGGAGGAGAUGUCAUUUUUUCAUGCAGCUUGUAAUCUGCAGUUCUUCUUUUCUCCUCCAAGUGGCAGCAUGGCUUUAUACAACUCUUGAGGACCUGCCAGUAUGGCUCU